UUUAUCUCGCAUAUUUUAAAUCUAUAAAGAUAGUGACUUUUAAAAAAUUGAUUUUGGUUUGCGAAAUAUAUUUCCAGAAACAUCUGUUUGGUUUUGCUUGAAUUCCUUCAAACGUGCCCACCAACAGAAAGAAGAAUCAAAACAAUAGCCAUGGCUCUUUGGAUGGAGGCGGGUUCGGAACCUAAAACCCAUGAUGAAAUAGCUGACCUUGAAGCCAUAUCUGCCCUAAAAGAGUCUGCUGCUAUUGAAUUUAAGGAAAAGGGUAAUGAGUAUGUGAAAAGGGGCAAAAAGCACUAUUUGGAUGCUAUUGAUUGUUACAACAGAGCUAUAAAUCAGAAGGCUUUAAGCAAUUCAGAGAAUUCAAUUGUUUAUUCAAAUAGAGCUCAUGUCAAUCUGCUCCUGGGAAAUUACAGACGCGCUUUCCAGGAUGCUGAGGAGGCAAUCAGACUCUGUCCAACAAAUGUUAAGGCACUUUACAGAGCAGUCAAAGCAUCACUGUCACUGGAUUUGUUGAAUGAAGCGAAGUCAUACUGUGAAAAAGGACUAGAGCAAUCACCUGAUAACGAAGAAUUGAAGAAGCUAUCCAAGCAAAUUGAUCUAAAGCAAGCAGUACAUGAACAGAGCCUAGCUGAAAUUUCCAAGGCUGUGGAAGCAGCCAAGGGCCUUGUCUCCGCCUUUGAGCAUAGAGGACUACGAAUUGGGAAGGCAAUGUAUCAAGAACUCACUGGACUUAAAAAACCAAAGCUAGACAAAAACAAUAUUCUUCAUUGGCCUGUUAUCCUUCUUUAUGCAGAGGUUAUGUCCAGUGACAUCAUUGAGGAUUUUUGUGAGACUGACAUGUUUUCAGCUCAUCUUGACAUGAUGUUCUCAGAUGAUUGCCUUCCUUUGUCCUGGGAUACAGGAAAAGCUUACACUCGUGGCGCUAUUGAGUUGUACUAUGAGGCUGGUUCUGGAGUUUGUUUAUCCAAUAACAAAAUCAUCCAAUAUCUCUUAGAAGGUACAGCUGCUUCUCAUCUGGAAAACGAUGACAGUGAAGAUAAAGAUGUCGUUUCUGGUUCAGUCGUUAGAGGCACUGAUUCUAAGUGGGUUAGAGUCAACGAGAAGAGAACACUUCAUGAUGUUCUAAAAGAUCCUAAUAUGAUUAUUCCUGGAAUUCCUGUAUUUUUUGCUGUUUCUAGGAAAUCCAGCUUCUACAAAGAUUUCAAAUCUGGAAAUUGGGCUCCGCCAGAGAUUGCAUGAUCAAGACGCUAGGUAGUAACGCAUGCAUUUUGUCGAGGCAACCUGGAUGACGUGGUUAGUGCAGUUGGUCGUCUGUGUAUUAGCAAUUAGAUUAAUUGACGAGUGACUAUUUUUUCCAACAUUUUUAUUACAUAAAAGUUUUUACAAUUUCAUCUCGUUUAUCA